AUGUCCUCUCAGUGGAACUUUCGCACAUGUUCGGUGCUGCUGCUGCUCCUCCUCCUUCUCGAUCGCUCCAUGAAUCAUGCCAUCGAAGUGACCAACUUCAUCGUCGAGCGAUUCGAUGCUCCGAACGAGUCGUUGUUGGUCCUGUCCUACAGCAUUGAAAGUCGGCGGGCAGAACUUCCACGCUGUGGAGGCCUGAGACUUUCAUUCCAUGGCAUUAGCAGCUUGUUGUUUGCGAACAUGACGAGAGUCAGGUUGUUUGACAGUGAGAAUGCGAUCUGCGAUGACUGUGAGCUCGUCGUACCUCGAACAAGCUUGACGUGCGUCAAGUAUGCAAGGCUGACCAGCCAGCACUGGAGGGAGCAGGUCAGGUAUGUAGAGGCACACGUCAUGCAGGGAGCAACAGCUGCCAGCAUCGGCACGUCCCAGCUCAUUGAGGGCGAAUGGUGUGUGAGCAGCUCGCAGCCGUAUGCUUGCGCUCCUGACAUCUUUCCCAGCAUCCAUGGCAGCAUCGAGGAGCUGGCAGCAGCACGGCAGCAGCAGAGGCUCCUGACGUCCAUGCACAAGGGACGGGGGCAGGGGUGGGGGCGGGGGCAGGUGGAGCAGCAAACUUUCAUGCUGUGGUGGCUACCCGUGGAGGAUUAUCUUGUGUUCCAACCUGACCGGUCGCGUGCUCGCCGUCUCACGUUGUUCUCUCCCCUCCAGCACAGCGUCCAUGGCUCCUCCUCCUUGGAGUUGGCGUACCAGGUCGACGACCCACCUCCUCGCUUCCUCGUUCAAGUGCUGCUGCAAGACACGGAAGUCCUCUCCUCCCGUCAAGCAUACCAUGCAGAGACUCUCAAGGGCAUCCCAGCAGGGGAGCACCUCCUCCGACUCCGCCUGAUCGUGUUCGAGGCCCAGGAAGGGGCCGAGAGCACGGUCAUCGACCUUGACGAAAGCUUGUACGAGGAGGUAACCGUCGAUCUCAAGAUAAUCUCAGAUCGCUUACUCCUCCACCUCCUCUCUAGCUGCAAGAACGUCGUGUUCUCCAGCACCAGCUCUCAGGCUUUGUUGAGGUUUCUUCCGCUCCGACAGGAGGCAGACGAAGAGGUCUGCUUCCUUAUCUCCUACAUCUUCCUGCGGGAGCUGCAGGAUCAGGACGCAGCCCCGCUGCUCCGGCUGGAGGAGCUGAAGGAGGAGGGAAGAGGAGGAAGUCUUGCCUUGUCCAGCGGGGAGGUAUCCAGAGGGUGUGUGCUGGUUCCGCCGCUCGAGAGCUCCAGCGAUCGUCUUCUGCAUGCUACUCUGCUCGACGCGCAAGGGGAGCCAGUGGAAGGAAGCACCUUCAUCCUCCACUUGUCCUAUCCCGAGGCCCUAAGGAGGAAGCUCCAAGACCGCCUGGGUCACGUUGGCUGCUACCGACAGCUACGCCGUUGGCGCCCUGCUCGCCCUGCGCUCCAUCCGCUGGAGGAGGAGGCGAGAGUCGAGGGCUUCCUCAUCCGUUGGGUCGACCCGAUCAGGUCGAAACUCCCCCAGCUCGAUAGCCGCAACGAGCUGGAACUGGGAUACUCGAAGCUCCACCUGUGGCAGCUCGUCGAGUACCAGCGGGUCUUCUACGUGGAUGCUGACAGCCUGGUGAGCUGCGGGCCAGCUGACUGCCCAGCUGUUGACCUGAAGGCUCUUCCCAGCUCUUCAGCUGCCCAGACGAGCUCUUCGACGGCUCUCAAGGCUUUCUUGCUGGCUCCUCCCCCUCCGCUCCGCCCGACGGUGACCUGCGACUCUCUUGCCCUCGCUGCUCUGCUCACCCGCCAGCUGCAGUCCAAUUCAAUGACCAUCUAG